CCGCCAAAUACCCGGAAUUGGAACAUGGCUAUUAUCUUCCCGAACCAGUUCCGGAAGACCUUCUGAUGUCAUUUGGUCAGUUCAUCGAGAAGUACAAUGUUAGUGGUGUUAUCCACGUGGUCUAUCGCAGCUACGGGGAUAUCCUGCAUCAGCCGACCCUUUACGUGAUGAAAUACUUCGGAGUCAACGCCAUCUACAACCUAUUCAACGGAUUCAUAGACACCAAGAGCCAGAAUAACUCCGAGAUCUACGACAAGGCCGCCAGAGUGCUAGGCCAGAACGUCUUGCUCCAGAGUCACGUGGUCUCGACGAACAGGACUGCGGAUGCUGACGGUUUAAUCGAGAUCAAGAUUCAGUCCCCACAGGGUCUGAAGGUCAUACGAGCGAAGAAGCUAGUCGUGACAAUCCCACCUCUACUAUCUAACCUGGAUGGAUUCGAUCUUGGUUCUUCGGAGAAGGCCCUCUUUGGCCAGUUCCGGUCGGUCGGCUAUUACACAUCUCUCGUCCAGAAUACCGGGCUUCCAGCCGAUACAGCAGUUCUAAACACAGACAGCAAUAAUCCUUACGACCUGCCCACCCUCCCGGCCGUCUACCAGAUUGUCCCUACUGGAGGUACUGGGAUCUACCAGGUGGAAUACGGCAGUGCCUCCCCUCAACCAAUCGAGGCUGUCAAAUCGGACAUCCUCGCGUCUAUACGCCGAUUAAAGACCACUGGCAUCGCUAAUGUCACGGAAGCGGACGAACCUCAGUUCGUAGCAUUUACCUCGCACACACCAUUCCAGCUUACGGUGCCCGCCGACGCCAUCAAGUCUGGAUUCUACUCGAAGCUAUACGCGCUGCAAGGACAGAAGCAGACGUUUUACACUGGAGCUGCGUUCCACGCGUAUGACUCGUCACUUCUGUGGCGGCUCACUGAGGAUUUACUGCCGAAGAUCUCAAGCGACUUGGACUAGCAUAGUGAUUAGAUAUGCUCAAUAGACAUCAUCUCUACAGCGC